UGACUUUUCUGUUUUAUUUUUUAAUUUUUAUUUAUCUAAAAUAAAACGAAACCCGAGAAAAUCAAUGCCAUCUUCGAGCUGUCGGACCCGAACCCCUUUACUACCAACUACCAAGGUAAACGAAGGCAGAAGAGACAGAGGAGGAGCAAGAGAGAUGGGGAAGCGAGUCGGGAGCAGGAACUCGAACGAGUCCGCAUUGACUCGGUGGGUUAGGUCGGUCUUUGGGUUCGUCAAAUUCGCCGAGUUUGAAAUCCUGUUUGUUCUUUUCUUCGUGAUCGCUUUCCUCGUUUUCAAAGAUCUCACAUCGAGGCCGGAAUACAGUCAUAUUCUCGUAAAAAAGCCAGGUGGAGGUGGUUUUUGGCCGUACUAGCUGGAGAUCUCAUUGUUGGAUUAACGUUUGG